UUUGUUAACGCAGUGUAGUGUACACGCUUCGUCUUUUCGAUUAACGGUUUGCUAUUCGAAAUAGUUUAAUUAAUUGAUUUUCGUGUGUAAUUCGUGUGAAAUUGAAUAAUGAUAUUUUGGGCAGAUCGACCACAAACGAUUGCCGUCAUACCCGAUGCAUUCAUAUUCCUCACAUCGGGCAUGAAUUUGGCAUUAAGCCUGGGCUGGUACUACAAUUCCGUAUCGAGCCACUUUCAAUUUGCAUGGUUCGUUGGAAUAAUUAUUGGUGCGCUAUUAUCAGCGGGACUCACACAAAUUCUAAUCAAACGUUAUUUUGUGUUGCUCAGCAGUUUUCUGGUUGUAGUCGCAGGAAUUUUAUACACCGCCUGUCCGUAUGAAAGCACAGUAUUGCUUGUGGCGCGUUAUCUUAACGGCAUCGGCACCGGACUGAUCACUGUACCCUUCAUCGUGCACUGCAGUGAAAUAAGUGCGACUGCUAAACGCGGCUUCACACUGGGUCUCGAACAAUUGUGUGUGGCGUUGGGCAUAUUCAUACAAGUGACAUACAUUGCGCUUUGGGACAUAAAUAACAGUGUAUCGCCGACACGCGUACAUGGUAUUUUCUGUCUGGGCUUCGGUUUAGGCGCACUGGGUUUGGCUUACCUUGUCAUUGAAUCACCUGUCUACUACGUACGUCAAGCUAAUGAUGCCAAAGCCCUAAACUCCCUGACUUGCCUACAAUUGCCAACCAUACUGACGGAGGAGAAAAAACUGCUCUUGCAAGUACAUAAAGACUUUGUCACGAUGAAUGAAUAUAUCGGUAGGGGCGAUAGUUUCAUAAAUGGUUUGGGACCGUUGCUGAGAAUGAUCUUCUAUCGUGGCUUAUUGGCUUUUACAUUCUCAUUGCCAUACAGUAUGCAACUGUAUUUUUCAACUGCAAUGGGCGUAAGCAACGACAGCCAAUGGACCUCACCUUUCUAUGCGGCAAUACGGAUUUUAGGAGUUUUAGCGGCAAUUUCCAUGUUUGACAUUAUCGGACGUAAACUAAUUGGCUUAAUUGGUUUGUUGGUAAUGGGCGGUUUGGGCAUCGGUAUUGCUGUUAUAUUCGCUUACAUGGAAAAUUGGGUACAAGAGAAUCCAAUGAGGCUGGCUUGUGUGCUUUUGCUGGUUUUUCAGCUUUUUGCCGGUUUAUAUGCACCAACAACAACGGUUUAUUUAGGCGAAGCCUUCCCGAUGAUUGUAAAACCCUACUUUGUGGCAUUGUGCGUUUGUGUGGAGUGUACGGUACAUAUUGUCGUCAUAUGUACGUUCACUUUUAAUUUACAUGAAAUUUAUGUCUUCAACACAUUUACAUACGCCUUGGUAUUCGCAUGCUUCCUCUUAUUCCUCUUCACAAUACCAGAGACAAAAUUGACGACGCUCAACGACGCACAGGAGAGAUUCCGCGCUUGGAUUCACAUCAAAUUCAUGUAAAGUUGUUAAUAUCGGAAACUUAUUUUUGAAUGCGUUUCAUUGGAUUUACAAACUUUAUAGUGUGAGCUUCAGCGAGGAAAAAUUAAUUUUAGAAACGUUUAGAACUUAAGCUAAUUUUCACUUUUUUAUGUACUUAAACGAGUCAAGAAUCACAAACGAUUUUCGUUUGAUAUUAAUUCCUUAUUAUUUGCAUAUUUUUGUAUAAGAAAACUGAUGUAAAUAUAUUUAUAUACAGACUUCAA